CGGGGGCGAUGUUGACGCUGGAGUGAAGAUGGCGGCGGGAGGGAGCGGCGGCGGCGGUUCCGGCUUCCUCUGCCGGCUCCUCCUGGCCCUCCUGGCCGGGCUGCUCUCCGGGGGCCCCGCGCAGGCCCGGCUCCACCAUCUCACCCUCAAGGAUGACCUGCGGCAGAAAGUCCACCUCAACACAUUUGGCUUCUUCCAAAAUGGAUUCAUGAACGUCACGGUCAACAACCUCUCGGUCAAAUCCAUGGGAGAGAGCGACAAAGACAUUCAGGUGGGCUUCAGCUUAGAUCGAACACAGAACGAUGGAUUUCCCACUUACCUGAAUGAAAAAGUGGAUUAUUGCAUCUUGAAUCAAAAGCCAAGCCAUGAAGUCUUGGUCAUCAUUCUGCUCCUGGAUUUCUCAGAGAAGCUGGUCAAAGUCAAGUUUGAAAACAAAACUCCACAGUUGCCUGAAAUUAUCUUCGGCGAAUCCCAAGCAACUGGUCCUCCAGGAAUUACCGAGAAAUCUGAACCAAAGCAGUCACCUAAGGACAAUACAACAGAAGUCCAGGUGCCUGCUGAGCAAACACACCCAAUGCAAAGCGGGAACAAUAGUUUCUCAUUUCAGUUCAGCAUCCAUUCAAAGGAACAAGAAGGACUUUAUAGUCUUUAUUUCCACAAGUGCAUCCUGGGAAAUGUGCGGACUGAACAGGUCCCCUUCCGCCUGGAUAUCACGAUCACCGAGAAGAAUCCGAACAGCUACCUCUCCGCUGGAGAAAUCCCACUCCCCAAGCUCUACAUUUCCAUGGCAUUUUUCUUCUUUGUGGCCGGGGUCGUGUGGAUCCACACCCUGCGCAAGCUCAGGGCUGACGUUUUUAAGAUCCAUUGGUUAAUGGCUUUGCUUCCUUUCACCAAGUCCCUUUCCUUAGUCUUCCAUGCGAUCGAUUACCACUAUAUCUCCACACAGGGCUACCCCAUCGAGGGCUGGGCUGUGGUCUAUUAUAUCACACACCUGUUAAAAGGCGCCCUGCUGUUCAUCACCAUCGCUCUCAUUGGAACAGGCUGGGCUUUUAUUAAGCACAUCCUCUCCGAUAAGGACAAGAAGAUUUUCAUGAUUGUCAUCCCAUUGCAGGUCUUGGCGAACGUGGCCUUUAUCAUCAUGGAAUCCACCGAAGAAGGCAUGGCAGAAUACGGGCUGUGGCGAGAGAUCCUUUUCUUGGUAGAUCUCCUCUGUUGCGGGGCGAUCCUCUUCCCCGUUGUAUGGUUGAUCCGACACUUACAGGAAGCUUCUGCCACUGAUGGGAAAGCUGCCAUCAACUUAGCAAAAUUGAAGCUCUUCAGACACUAUUAUGUCAUGAUCGUCUGUUAUAUUUACUUCACCCGCAUCAUCGCCAUCCUCAUCAAGAUCGCUGUUCCAUUCCAGUGGAAGUGGCUUUACCAGCUGCUGCACGAAAUGGCGACUUUGGUCUUCUUUGUCCUCACGGGCUAUAAGUUCAGGCCGGCCUCCGACAACCCUUACCUGCAGCUUUCUCAGGAAGACGACAGUUUAGACAUGGAAUCUGUGGUGACCACAUCGGGUGUCAUGGAGGGGAUGAAGAAAGUCAAGAAAACGGCCAACGGCUCAGCCGAGCCCCACGGCGAGAGAGAAAGCGCCGCGUGAUGGACUUGGCCUCCUCCUCCUCCUCCUCCUCCUCCUCUCCUUUCCUCCUCAACACACACUUCUCCUCUCUCCUUCUUCUCCCUCCCUCCCUUCCUCCUCCUCCUCCUUCCCCCCUCCCCCACUAAGGACAAGGAAGCACUUUUUGCAGAGAGAACUGUAAUUUAUUGAUCUUUUCCUUCCCUCCCUCGGUGGCACAGAAGCAAAGAGACAACCUUCCCAGUGUAAAAAGAAAUACACGCGCGCACACACACACCCCCUACACACACGUCGGGCUUGGGCGGUGGUGGGUGGCGAGAAGGAUAAAAAUACAUCCAGGAAAAGAGAAUUCGAAAGGCGGUUUUGUUCCUCUGUCUUAAGGAUUAAGGAUUUCUUCUGGUGCCUAAGAGGAAGGGGUUAAAGGACGGAGGAUGAUGGUGGCGGCUUUCUUUUAUAUUUUUUUUUUAGGAAACGUUUUUUUACUCCCCCUCCCUCCCUCCC